ACAAGUGAAGAACAAAACGAAGUUUAGUGCCGGGAAAAGUCGCAUCGAGAGUUUUUAAAGGAUUGUAACAUGAAAACUUUGCUAUAUAUAUAUUGUAUUGCUGCAUUUAUUGCCGUUUGCUUUUCAGCAAUUGACAACUGCAAUUCAGAUCUAAAGAAAAGCGAUAAAACAAGAUGCAAAGCCCGCGGAAAAAAAGAUUGUAUCAGGAAAGGAUGUUAUUUUUGUGGGGGUCAAAAGCCAGUUUGCGUUGAAGGGCAGGCAUGUAGAAGAACAAACCUUCAACCAGAAGACAAUUGCUGGAAUGAUGAAGAAGGACCAGUCAAUCCUAAGAAAUGCCGUAAGAAGGAAGGAUGCUCUUAUUGUAAACACCACAUACAAUACCAAUGCGUUAGAGAUGGACCAAUUGUACCAACAGCUGUUGACAACUGCGCGAUCGCAACUGAAGAUAGGAAGGAAUGGAAAUGUAAAGCCAGAAACCGAAAGCAUUGUGCUAAAAAAGGCUGUCAUUAUUGUACCAAUGGCAAACCCAAAUGCAUCAGAGGUGCAGCAUGUCGUCGGGAUGACAUCACAGAUGCUGAUAAUUGCUGGCCGACAGAAAACCUAAAUCCCCCGAAUGGAAAAGACUGUCUAAACAUUUAUAGAUGUUCCUGGUGUCCUAAAAGCACACCAAAAUGUGUAAAAGAUGAUGUGUCAAGAGGAAGCUGUACAAAUCCAAACGCUAUAAACUGCUUUCCGACCAAACAUGUCACUGAGAGCCAGUGUUCGAUGAAAAAUUCUCUAUGUCAAUGGUGUGAUGAUGGAGAUUUCAAUCACAUCCCAAAGUGUAUUAUAGGGGAGUGUCCUACUGGAUAUAAAUUGCGUUAUGGCCAGGACAGUUGUUGCUAUGAUCAACCAGGAACGACUAAAAUUGUCGGCGGUGACGAAGCCGAUGACGGAAAAUGGCCGUGGCAGGCUCUAUUAUUUGCAAGUGGCAAAUGGUUCUGCGGCGGAGUGCUUGUCAGCAAUAGACACGUCAUCACUGCGGCGCAUUGUGACUUGAGCGAGACUGUCAAAGUACUGCUCGGCACAAACUCCGCCUACGACGGCGAUGUUGUAAUGUGGGAGGUAGACUCUAAUGUUGGGCAUGAGAAUUAUGAUAGCUCUGCCACAGGACAUGACCAUGACAUUCGCUUAAUAACAUUAAGAGAUACCGUAAAAUAUACGGAUACAAUCCAGGCAAUUUCGAUGCCUUUAGGAGAAAAACCUCUCGUUGGACAAAAAUGCAUUGUGACUGGUUGGGGAGAUGAAUACGAAGGAGCACCUAAAGAGCCCGUUAGAUUGAGAGAAGGAGCAGUAUUUAUUCAGUCAACUGAGGAAUGUAGAAAACAAUACAAAGAAUAUAAACGGAAUGAGCACGGUACUUUCAACGACGAUAUCAUGCUUUGCGCUGGGAUACUUGGAGGAGGCGUUGACGCCUGUCAUGGAGAUAGUGGGGGUCCUUUGGUUUGUCAGCGCUGCAACAAUUGUGAUUGGUACUUGGCUGGCAUAACCAGUGGCGGGUAUGGGUGCAAUCGAGCAAAUUAUUGGGGUAUAUACACCCGUGUACAAGGGUAUUACAAGUGGCUGACUGAGCAUGGACUACCAGAGGAUAGCAAGACCUACUCAUGCGAUUUGUCCGAGUGAAAAAAUAGCGACUGCCAGUGGACGUCAACAUAUUUUUCAAUUCAAAAGAUGUUUUUCUUUUAGAAUCAAUUACGUACAUAACGUUUAUAUUGUAAACAUGACGUUAGAUUCAAAGCAUUAUUGGCAAGCAUUGUAAAGCUACAGAAAAAAAAAAUUAACUAUAUAUACACAGAUUUAAUUUUUUUUGACGAACUUAUAUUGUGCA